CGCGACAUUUCAGCCACAUCUUUGAAUUGAAAGAACGGAGAUUGUUAUUGUUGGUUAAGUAUUCAACAUGAAGAGCAGCAGUGAACAAUUAUAUGAAGAAGAGAUCAGAUCUCUUAAGCAUGAAAUCAAGAUGUUAGAAGAACAAUAUGCAGACAUGGAGAACUCGGGCACCUACUCCGAGGAGCACUAUCGCAGCACUUUGGCAUCACUGAUAGGAAAAUCAAAAAAAGAUUCAACCAAGCAGCAGGCCUUUGCAGCUCUGAAAACAAAGCUGGAUAGUUUGGAAGCAGAACUCGCACAACAGUCACAAAUGAGUGGUUAUGUGUUCACCAACUACUCAAAGAAAACACUGGAAAAAAGUCAUCUCAAAGCUUUACAGCAGCACAGGCUGUCCGGUCGUUGCCACUUCUUGACUUUCCAGAUCGAAUUUCAGCUGAUGGAAGUUCAGAUGGAGGCCACUGUCAGUACAACUGUUACUGAUCUCAACAUAGUCGUGGAAUCCAGUGAAUUUACUGACAUGAGCGCAUUUGUGUCGAGAGCUGAAGAUACAAAGAGCCUUUUGCUUUUCUUUCGGACUCUGAAAUCAUUUGCGGAUUGGUGUGUGCAUCGAAAAAGAACGCUUUUGCAUUUCAAGGAGAAAUACCCCAGCAUUGUUAGACUGCCAGAAGGUUGCAGUGCUGAAUAUAUGGUUAUCCAGAGUCCAAAACUUCCAGGAUGUGAGUUGAAGAUUGUUUGGAACAUAGAUGUGACCGAAGAAGGGGUGGUUACUCCAAAGCUUAACCUUUUGACCAAAAUACCAGAGCAAGCGCUGCUCCUUGACAAGAGGAAAGCAGUGGAGAGUGCACCCCACUGCUUUAAAAAUCUUCUGCGCUUACUUGGUAUCGAGGCCACCAUUGAAAGUGUAAUAAAGUCCUUACUGAUGGAAGAGUAACAUUAAAAUGUUUUAAUAGAGGUAAUCAGAACUGGUCGGAAAGUCUAAAUCAGCAUGGAAGCACCUAAAAAAAAAAAACCUGCCAUGUGGAUGCAUUUAUUAUUGUUAAAUGAGAGCACAUGUUAAUUAUUGGUGCUAUGAAUAAUUAUGUUUUAUUUUAAAUUUGUUUUAAUAUAAACACUUCUGUAUAAUUUCCCAUUUUAGAAAUAUUUGUAAAAUGACAUGCCAAAUAUACAUAACUCUCUCAUGUCACGUUAUAUAUAAGUGGACAUGAAAAAUAAAUACAGCUAUUUAAAUAAAAAAUGCCAAACAUACUUAAAAGAACACAAUUCUG